GACAUAUUUUUUUUAUAUUUUCAUUGGACGGGACGUGAUGAGUGUUGUUUUUUAAUUGUUGUACAACAUAAAUUAUUCAAAUUAUGAUUGCGUCUUUGAAAAAAAUAUUUAAAUGGGGUCCCGCUAAACAUUUGGAGACCAAGAAAAAUCAGGGGUCGCUUUUGCUAACAGCUUUUAUUGGAUUAUUUGAAGAUAUUUUACUUUGGAAGAAAAUGUGGCUUUCUUUGUCUUGUAUUUUCUUUUUGAACGUGUUAUUUUUAAUUUGCAUUCAUUGGCAAAUAAAUAUUUUAGAAUCUAUUUUCUGCAGCUGUCUUGCAAUAUUAAGUAUGGAUGCAUUUGAAACUUGGCUAAAAUAUAAACACAGAACUGCUUGUUUGAAAAAAUGGGCCAGUCACAGUGGUUCUGAAUUUAAUACUGUAAUUCUAAACAUAAAGAAUUGGAUGAGAAGACGAUGGAUGGAGUUUAUCUACCUUAGAGAAACUAAUCAUACUAAAGCAUUUCUAUUGGUCAGCAUAUUCUUUUCAAUACUAUUUUUGGUAGGAAAAUAUAUAAAUGGCUAUGUCCUUCUGUAUUUGCUAUUUAUGUCACUAUGUGUUUUACGUAAAAUUGCUCCUCCAAUACACAGAUUCAUUCGAAAAAUUCAGCAGAAUGCAGACUCUGAUGGUGAAUUGGAGGGUCUUAUUCCUGACAUAUCUGAUGUGGACAUUAAGUUGUUAUCUAUUGAACCCGAGCAACCUAUAAUUGAUGACAGGCAGAGUUUGGAUUAUUGGAAACCUGAGGAUUUACCGCUUGAAGAUGGCAGUGAUAGCUCAGAACACAGCAGUUCUCUUGUAACAAACCUUUCUAUGGAUAAGAUGAAGACAUUUGAUAAAGAUGUUGAGACUUCAGACUCCAGUGAAGAUGAAUAUAUACCAUUAGAGCAACAAAAGGAGCUCCAGUCAACAUUGGAAGUGAUACAACCAGCCAGCACAUGGAGCAGCUCAGCUUACAAUGCUCUCUUCAACAUCACAGGGGCAAUGGCUAACAUGAUGUACUCUACACCAGAACAAACAAAAAGAAAACGUGUGUCAAGUGUCGAUUCGUCUGAUGGCUUUGAAAUGAUUGAUAAAAAUGAUUUAAAUUAGUAACAUAUCAAUAAGCGUAAAGGGAUAACUUAUGAAAACAGUAUCAUAUUUGUAUUUCUUAGUAUUUAUUGUCAUUGAAACUUAGUUCUAAAGCUUGUGAUUAUGAAAUAGAUGCUAACAAAUAGAAAUUUAUUUGGAAGCAUUACAUGUCAUAUUUUCCAUACGAGACAUUAAUUCUUGGUGUUGUCUUUUUAGUGCUCUUAAACGGAUACUGUUGAGUGAAUUUCUGGCUACAAGUGCUUCUAACAUGGGUCGGGACAUCUGAAAGUUUUAAAAACCGAAUUAUUAAUGUUUCUUCAAUAUCUAAAAGUAAAAAAAUAGGAUACUGUAAAUUACUAUGAAAUGAACUGAAACCUUUGCUCAUUUUAUUACUAUAGCAGGUAUACUUAAAUGAAAAGUCCAGUGUUAAGUAGGUAUUUAUUAUUGAUAUAAAAUAAGUUCUCACUGGGGACUUCAAUACAUUCUGUAAACUGUACCUUCUCCACAAUAUGCCCAAUUGCAAUAGUUCUGACAGCUGCAUUGUGUUGUUUAUUUAUAAUAUCAUCUAUUUGGCUGUGGCCCACUUCAUUAGUAUAAGCUUCAUCCUCUUCCUCUUUUAAUAUUGUUGGCAAUUGGGUUAAAAUCUGUAAAAUAUAAACAAUGUUGCAAAGAAAAUGUACUAUAUUAUUAGUAAAAUUCUCCUAACUUUGAACUUACCUCAAAAUUAUUCAUAAGCAAGGAAUCAUUCUGGUUGACAAUUUCCAUCUCAAUCUCUCUUCGGCUUUGACUUGAUCCUUCAUUCAUUGAUUGAAAGCAAGUUAUUUGUACCUAAAAAGUACUUAGACUGUAGUAUUACUGAGUAGUUACCAAAACUAGUAAUUAAUUUCUUUUAACAAGUGUUUCUAGAAUAGACAUUAAAAUAAUAUAUAUUAUGUAUCAUGAAAUUGUUAAUCAAACAAAAUAUUAAAUUGAAUAUUACUUAUAGCAUUGAAAACAAUAUAUAGCCGUAACUUUCAGUUUGCCAGCAUUUUGAUCAGCAUUUUGUGGGUCAGCAAAAGCAAAAGUGUGUGGGUCAGCAUUUAGAUCUAUUUUUGAGAGGUACACUGAACAUAUAUUCCUUUGGUAUCUACAUAUCACAUAACCAUAUUUAUUACAUUAAUUUUCAACAUACACCUGCCAUUCUAACCAUCAAGACUGCAGGUCACUUUAUUAUUAUAAUUUCUCCAGUUGCAUGGAGGUACAUUCAAUUUCCAUUGAGCUAAAUUCAUGUACAUUGCUUUUCAUAUUUAACAUAUUCAUAUCUGCAACAGUACACAUGCCAUUCUGAUCCACACAAAUAAGUUAAUUGUUGAGUCCUUUAGAGUUGAGAGACCUUUAUCUAUGUAUACAAAUUAAUGUAAUUUUUGUAGGCUAACUUUCAAGCCAGCCUGAAUAAGUGUUUAAACUUUAAAUACCCCUUACCGAUGGAGCCUUUGUAGUUUGCUCAGUUAAAAAUACUGCAAAAAUGAUUCCAACAAAACUGGAGUCCAUUCGCUGAUACAUUGAUUGUGUUGCCAAAUCUGAAAAUGUUAAGACAUUUUUCUUUUAUAAGGUGUAUUUCAUAAACCACAUUUUGUGUUUGUUCUACUUGUGAAAAUAAAUUAGAAAGUUAA